GGGCAAUGGUGGGUGGGCAUCUUGGAUACUUGGAUCUGUGGGAGGAUUUGCUACCUAGAAUAAUACGAAACCUCACCUCGGUCCUGUCUAUGCUACUUCGGUUCCCUUAUGCUUCUGUUGGACAUCGACAGAGUGGCAACCCCUUAAGGAGGGCGUCAUCACAAUGUCACAUCGUCACAUGGGACACGGUAUAUAACUCGCUUCCAGGACUCAUUGCUAAGGAAGCAAGGAAAAUGCUUAUAUGUAGUCAAAGAAGGUAUAUAUCGAGGUCAUGCCAGUGCUGGUAGUUUCAAAGUCCACCACUCAAUAUAUCGAGUCAAACGAGUCUGCAGUGCCUUGCAUAGAGGCUGUUCAGUGGGUCUUGUACUGCAAGAGCUUCUCCUUGUCAUUCAUUGUGGGCUUGAGGCUUCCGUACUCUCUAGGAGAGUCAAGGGAAACGGCACCUCUGCGGGGCGACGAGGAAAUGGGGACGGCGGGCGGUGUUGGAACCCAUUUCCGGAAGAAACUGUUACUGUUGUUGUUGUUGCUGCUGUUAUUGGGCGGCAUUUUGUUGCAAAGGAGUUCGGCGGAGUUGUUGUUAGUUUUCGUACCUAAGUUGUGUGUGUUAGGUAUUAUAAGGUGUGUAUGCUUUAAGUCUGCGCUUCGGACUGGUGACGCGAGAUAGUUUCGGACAUACAGCUGAGUCAGGGGCUAGCCUACAGAG